UGUUCAGUUUCGUUUCUUAGAUCAACCUGCUGACCUGUUUAAAGAGCAGAGCAGAUGAUUCCUCCUCACAACACAACACGCUUCGUCCAGUGACAGCUUGACGAAAAGAUGGCGGAGAUCUCACUGAGGCCGUACCAGCAGGAGGUGAUCCAGGCGGCUCUAAGAGGGGAGAACAGCAUCAUCUGGCUGCCAACAGGUGGAGGAAAGACUCGAGCUGCUGUUUACGUGGCCAAGGAGCACAUAGAGACGCACGCCAAUGCCAAAGUGGCUGUUCUCGUCAACAAGGUGCACCUGGUGGAUCAGCACUUUAAGAAUGAGUUCCGGCCCUUCCUGGGUAACUCUGUGAAAAUGGUGGCCAUCAGCGGAGAGAGUAGCGAGAAGGACUUUUUUGGCUACGUGGUGAGGGACACAAGCCUGGUCAUCUGCACGGCUCAGAUCUUGGAGAACGCCUUAAUAAACAAAGAGGAGACCAAGAACGUGAAGCUGACAGACUUCACGCUGCUGAUCAUUGACGAGUGCCAUCAUACUCAUAAAGAAGCAGUGUAUAAUAAAAUCAUGGCACGCUAUGUGAGACAGAAGAUCGCAUGUGAGAGAGGUCUGCCUCAGAUCCUGGGCCUUACAGCGUCACCGGGAACAGGAGGAGCCCGGACGCUGGACGGAGCCAUCGCACACGUCCUGGAGAUCUGUGCAAACCUGGACUCUGUUAUCGUGUCGACUAAAAAUUACAAGACCGAGCUUAAAGCUGUCGUCCCCAGACCAAUAAAGAACUAUGACAUCGUGGACGAACGGCUUUGGGACCCGUUUGGUGAUCACCUGAAGAUGAUGAUGAAGCUGAUUCACGAGUUCAUGAUGUCGGACCAGAAGUUCCCUUUGCGGGCGUUGGGCACUCAGGAGUACGAAGCUGAUGUGGUGGAGCUGGAAAAGAAAGGUGUGCAGGACAAGAACAGGAUUUUGGCAAGAUGUGCUCUCCACCUGAGAAAAUACAACGAUGCUCUGCUCAUUAACGACAGCGUGCGCAUGGUGGAUGCUCUGAGGCUUCUGGAGGAGUUCUACGCUACAGAGAGAAGAAAUGUGAUCGACCUCACUGAUGAGUUUCUCACAGGACUUUUUAAUGAGAACAGAGUGGAGCUGAUGCAACUUGCGUCUAAUGCGUUACAUGAGAAUCCCAAGCUGGAUCGGCUGCAGCGCACCCUGGUCGACCAGUUCAAAGACGAGAGCUCGCGCGGUAUACUUUUCGUCAAAACCCGCGAGAUCACCCGCUGCCUGUACGACUGGGUGCGUGCAAACCCGGCACUGCGGCGAGCCAACAUCAAAGCUGCUAAUCUGGUCGGGGCAGGAACCGGAGCCAGCCACAUGACACAGAGGGAGCAAAAAGAGACCAUUCAGAAAUUCCGAGACGGAGACCUCAACCUCCUGAUCUCGACCAGCGUGGCCGAGGAAGGCCUCGACGUCCCGGAAUGCAACGUGGUGGUCCGGUACGGGCUGCUGACAAACGAGAUUGCACAGCAGCAGGCCAGUGGGCGGGCCAGGGCGAAGGACAGCGUCUAUUCGGUGGUGACACAAGCGGGUGGACGGGAGAUGCGCAAGGAGAAGACUAACGAAUAUCUGGAGGAGUUAACGGGCAAGGCGAUCGCUCGCGUGCAGAGCAUGGAGCCAAGGGAGUUUCACCGAAAGAUCUUGGAGCUGCAGCGGGAGGCAGUGACGUCACGCAUCCUGGAGGCCAGGCAGAAGGACAAGAGAAGGCUCCGCUAUGACCCAGCUGAGGUAGCGUUCGAAUGCCGCGGCUGCUUCAAAUCUGUUGCUCGCGGAGAUGACAUGAGACUCGUGAACGACACGCAGCACGUCAACGUCAACCCUGAUUUCGAGACGUUCUAUAAGGCUGGAGGGCAAGUUUACUUGGAACGGACGUUUGAAGAUUGGGAGCCGGGUCGUACCAUCAGCUGUGCUGCAUGUGGAAAGGAUUGGGGGAUGGAAGUGAAGUUUAAGAACUUGGUCUUGCCGUGUUUAAGUAUAAAGGGCUUUUCGAUGAGGAGUCCUCAGGGUAACCGCACGGCCAAGCAGUGGAAGGACGUCGAGUUCGCCGUAGAGGACUUCGACUUUACUCAGUAUGUGGAAAACCGCUUUGGAGACCUCACGCGGGACUGAGUGUCUUUUACUUUGUCCACUCCUUCUCUGAGGUACCAGGAAAUCUACGCACUGUAUUGUCACCCUGAGCACUGUACUGUCCACCUCGGUUUCUUACAGACUCUCUCUUCAUUUUGGCCAUCAGGUGGCGCUGUAGCGCAACAAUUCAUUCCAAGUUAAUCAAGCGUCGGAUUCUCUGUCUGCGAUCGCGUCUUAAUUCAAAUACUCCUGCACUACAUAGGGUGCAUGUUAGGAUAUUUAGUGUAGCAGCCGGUGCAGCUUCGAGACGCACCUAAUGUCUCUGGGGAACGAAUAUGCUAAUUCGCCUUGAAGCUUGAUUGCCUGAUUAAUUCUAAUUCAUGCUGAUAAAUGUGCAUUAAAAUGCUUGACAUCAUGAAAAGCUCGUGGUUUGCGACCUUGUGACUUUCUCGAAGACUCGUCCAUGCCGUCUAGUCCAGAACGACCUUUGACCCUUUUUUCCCCAGAGACACUCCUGCAAACCUAUUAUUAUUAUUAUUAAUUGAUUUUCUGUGUCCUUGAUGUGCUGUUUUUAUUAUAUACUUCAUGAACUUUUACUGUAAACAAUGUAUCAUAAAAAAUGUAUGAUCAUGA